UCCUUCUUGUCACAAAAAAAAAAUAACAACAGCUGGGAGCAGCUAAAGAUGGCCGCCAUGAUAGCCUCCGCCAACACGGCGGGGCUCAGCUCCCACAGGAUGGAGGAGAAGAAGUUUGAAUACUUCUCCUCCAUCAACUCCAUGGCGAGGAAGAUUAUGCAGGAGAGGAAGACUAUCGAAGAGAAACACGGUCCUACGUGGGAGAAAAUGACGCCUCAGGAGCAGGACAGCGCCAUCGAUAACGAGAUGAUGGAUCCCCAGAUCCGAGCCCGAUACGCCAUGCACAGAGUAGACCGGGAAGAAGUGGUCUGUUACCCUAAACUGCUCAUCCAGACGGGUCAGAAGAUUGUUCACUUCGGCGAAGAGGAUAUUACCUGGCAAGAUGAACAUUCUGCCCCUUUCUCGUGGGAAACCAAGAGCCAGUUGGACUUCAGCUUGACGUCGGGCCCUGCAGAACAGGGAGUCUCAGCCUCUCAGGCCGACUCAAAGCCCACUAAGGCUCCUCACCCCAGCCAGCUCGGCAAGAGUACUCCAGGAACCAAGGUGUCUGUCAGCGAGAGCCGGAGGCCAGAGGAGGAGUCGUCUUUCUGGAAGAUCAGUGCCGAGAGAUCCAGGCUGGAGGGAGAGAAGGCCGACUUCCAGUCCUUGACCCCCAGCCAGAUCAAAUCCCUGGAGAAAGGAGAGAAAUCCCUCCCCUCGUACCUCCGACAGGAGACCUCUGUCAACACCAAGGAGCCUGAGGUAGUGGAACCCCCCCCUUCAGCUCACUCCAGAUCCACCAAGCAGCGAGCCCCGAAACCUCCUGCCCCUCCACCCCCCGUUCCUGUCGCCGUGGCUGUCAGCGCUACACCGGCCUCCAUCUCCAUCUCCCCAAACCCUCCCCCGCCGGUCAGGGUGUCGUCGUCUGUGGCCGGCUGGGAGCGGUCUCAGAGCACGCUGCCGUCGGUCGGCACCACCGUGGACGAGGUGUUCUCCUCCGGGAUGAUGCCCAAGCCCUCCAAGCCCUCCAACACCUCCAAGCCCUCCAACCCCUCCAAGCCUUCCAAGCCCCCUGCCAGUGUGAGAAGAGAGAGGGAACAGAAAGAGGACGACGGCUCCUCCGCCAGCCCCACCUUCGGCCAGUACAACACAAGCAACAACAUCCUGAAGACCGGGUUCGACUUCCUUGACAACUGGUAAACCACAGCUGGGCUCAUUCCCCCCCCCCCCCCCCACCAUGAAUGAAUCAUCUCUCUGAGGAAUGACCACACCGCCAUGACGACAGACAUCCACGUCUACAUUCAACAAACACCAGUCUUUAGCAUGACCACUUUAUGUUGUUGUAAUUAUCUCCCGUGGCUUGUUAAGACAUUAUCUCUCUGCCCCCCUGAGCCCCUCUCUGAUUAGCUUUCAGUCUCUUAGAUUUUGUUGCCACUGAAAGCAGAGGAAGAAGGGGUUGUUUCCCUGUGCUUUCACACUGCAGCCUGGACCACACAUGAGUUUGGGAAAUGUAUAAUAUAUGUUGUGUCAUUAUUUUCUCUGAAGUUUUUCAAUUACAAGGGAAAUUGGAAGGCUUAGGGGAUGAAGACGUGUGAAAAUCCAAUGAAGAACACCUUAAUUUGAAGGGCUAAUUUGUUCCAAAGUAAACAAUAACCUAAGACCAAACAAAGGGUUUCAUCACAGCAUAACGUAGCAUUAACUUGGACUCCACAAAUAAAAACGCCAAUUCAAACUAUUUCUAACCUCUAAAACUGUCUUUAAUUAUAUUAGAAGAAAAAAAGAGGGUUUGUGGUUUAACAUCGUGGGGGAGGGUGUCCUCACAGUUGCUAUAAAAACCUCCUCCAUUUUUCUUGUAGUACACUUCUAAAGGCUUGUCGGCUGAUUUUUUUUCAGCCAUUUCUAAUUCAAAUCCAGCGAUGGAUGGGUACAAAAGUUUGGGAUGUAUCUGUUACUGUUGAUCGUGCUGCUUGUAGAGAAUGCACAGCUGCCUUCACGUAUAGUUCUAAGACACUAAACUAGCGAGCGAACACGUGUGUACUGAAAGCAUGUCCGAUAUUCAUGUGUGCAAAACACUAGAACCCUCAUCCAUUUACUAUGUUUUUGUUAUGAAGAUUAUUUAUACGUUCGGCAUAUCCCCGAUGAAGUGUUUUAGAGUUACAGCAGCGCUCAGUCGUGGCCAACAUGUUGCAAUUAUUACAGAUGUUUCCUACGGUUCCUGGGAGAUGGGAUUUUCAUAAGCUGUUCCAAUGGGAAACAUCGUGGACCAUUGCAUCACUCUGAAGAAUGUAUUCAGCAGCUCAUUGAGUUAGGAGUUCAGCAAAGGUGUUUAAACGCGUGCUGCAGUGGGAGCCUGCUACAGAUGUCCUGUUUGGAUUUAGCGUCUCACCCACACUUCCUCACCCCCCUCCUCGCUACCGUCACCUUUGACCUCAAACUAGUGCUGAGCAAAGCUAGUGUGCAUUUGUAAUAAAAAGGAGACGCACUCGAUCGUCGUGUUUUAGAUGAACAGGCAGGCAUGUAGUGUUUUGUACCACUUGUGUCGUAGAUCUAAAAUCCAGUUUACAUGACUAGAGUACUAUUUUACUGAAUUUUAUAUUUAUCUGCUGAUUGUAUCUUAUGCUAUACAUGUAUACCGCACACACGCAUUAGGAGGUCACAGAUUGGAACGAAGUAAAUAAAUAAUAAGUCAAACCUG